UCUUUUGAGGUUUGGCUUCGCUGAUUGAUUCAGUAAUAUAUAUCUUCUUGUUAUGAUCUAAAUUCCUCUUGACAAUACCAAAUUUUUAUCGGUCAUAACCACCUCUGAGGAAACAAUGUCACACUAUGCUGAAACUACAUAUGGAAGAAGGAGCAAAGAUGUUGAUGAAGCUCGCAGAAUUUACCAACAGAAACAGAGUGACAGCACCGGUAAAAUCAUCAUCUUUAUUCUUGGAGGGCUUUGCAUUCUGCUCUUCAUCUUCAUCAUCAUCGGUUUCUUUUUCAUAGCCAAGCCACUGAAAGCAAGCUUGACAUCUGCUGAUGUAAGAAACCUCAGGUACAACAACAAAACAGCAUCAUCAUCAUCGCUUUACUUCAACACAACACUAGCUAUGGAAAUCAGAAUUGAGAAUCCGAACAUCGGGUUCUUUGAGUUUCCCGCUAGUAAAGGAUAUAUCUUGUAUAACGGUCAUGUUGUUGGUGAAAUGAGGAUUAGUGGACAACGAGUGGCUUCGUUUGGUACCAUAAGAACAGAGGUUAGGACAGAAGUGGGAUACAAAGGGAAUCAGGCAUCACCUGUUUGGUUGAAGAAUGAUAUAGAGAGAAGGCUAAUAAUCCUCAAGACCAGAGCUAAACUGAGAGGUGAAGUACACUUGAAGGCUUUGAACAAGAGAACGGUGAAUCUGAAUUGUCUAAUGCAUCUUAAUCUGAAAGAUGAGGUGAUUCAUCGUUUGUGGUGUAAAUGAAACAGUACGUCUUAGGUUGUUUCAAACCUUUACCUAGCAUAUAGUUGUAGUAGAAGUGAACAUUGGAAUAGUUGUAGUUUUUUUUACAAAAAUUGGGACGCUUCAAAGUACUGGUUCUUUUCAUUACAAUAAAGUUUUUACUUUAAUUUUCU